CAUAAUUUUAUUGAGGGGACAGUAGAGAGUCAGUGUCGCUGUCUUGUGAAAGUUUGUGCAGUCUGCUCUUAAAGGCUCAUCUUGCUUCUCAUUUAAUUAGUUAAUUAAUUAAUUAAUUAGUUAAUUAGUUAUAGUGUAAAGUGCUUCGAGAUGGAUGUCAAGGUACUCGACGGGGGUUUUUCCACUCAAUUGUCCAAACACGUGGGCGAGAGGAUCGACGGUGAUCCACUCUGGACAGCCAAGUUUUUGGUCACGGACCCCCAUGCCGUUCUCUCGACUCAUUUGGAUUUUUUGAGAGCCGGUUCCGACAUUAUUCAGACGAAUACUUAUCAGGCGACUGUCACCGGAUUUGUCAAGUAUUUGGACAUUUCGGAGAGAGAGAGUUUUAGCCUCAUUCACGAUGCUGUUGAUCUGGCCAAAAAAGCUGUGGCAAUUUACACUGAGGAAAAUGAAGAUGCUCAUGUGGUAAACCCAAAGCCCCUGAUUGCCGGGUCCUGUGGACCUUACGGAGCAGCUCUUCACGACGCCUCCGAAUACACCGGUUCCUACGCAAAAUCCGUCUCCCCAGAGAUGCUCAUAAACUGGCACCGACCCCGAAUAGAAACCCUGAUCGAGGCCGGAGUGGACAUGCUCGCCCUGGAAACAAUCCCCUGUGCAAAUGAAGCCGAGGCCCUCAUAGAGCUCCUGCGGGAUUAUCCGGAAACCAAAGCUUGGCUCUCCUUCUCCUGUCGAGACGACGGUCAGAGUCUAGCGGAUGGUUCCAAUUUCCGAGAAACCGCCCUCAAAUGUUACAGAAACGCCCUUCCUGGUCAAAUCCUAGCCAUCGGGGUUAACUGCAUAGCCCCAAAAUUCGUAUCUCCUCUCCUGAAGGGCAUCAACAAAGCUUCCCAGGAUUUCGUUCCUCUCAUCGUUUAUCCCAACAGUGGGGAGAAAUAUACCGUCAUCGAUGGCUGGAGAUUUGAAGGCAACACUCCUCCUCCUGAGCAUUUUGUUCACGAGUGGCUCGACCUUGGUGUCAGAUAUCUUGGUGGCUGUUGUAGAACUUACGCCCCCACUGUCACAAGAAUUAGGACUGAAGUGGAAAGCUGGCAGGGAAAGAAACCUACUCACAAGGAAAAGCAUUCAGAGUGACCCUGAACAAUCCUAGCGUGCAAGAUGAUCAUUUUAUACCUGUAGUACUCAAUUUUGUGUGAUUAUUGUUCAAGUUUUAUUAUUUUAGGGAGUUCAUUUAGAGCUAGACUCAUUUGUUUAAAUAGUGUUGCGCAUAGAAGCUGAUACAUUCAAUUGAGGAAAUGGGGUUGUUGCAUAUUUUCAAGUAUAUUUUUCCCCUGUGAAAUUAAAAGAGCACUCAAGAUUGAAUAUAAUUACUUGAGGAAAGUUCUUUUUUUUUAGAUAAGUUUGAUUUCUUGUAAUGUAUAGAAUAUUCUUUUCAAAUUUUUUGCGGGGAGAUGAGUCAUUCUGAUUGGGCCAGUGUCGGAAGUAACAUGCAGUGUGUUAAAGAGAAUGCAAGAUACCAUAAGAACAAAUAACGUAUUUUUCCGUGCAAGAGUUUCAGCGCUCCUACAGUUUCAGGGACAGGACUAAACUUGAAGACCGCGAAAUUCAAAUCCACGAAGUAUUGAACAAUUUGAAAUAACUUAAUCAAUAUGUAAAGAAGUUAAUAAUAAUAAUAGAUCAUUUAUAUUUUGUAA